ACAGCCUCAGGCCCCUUCCAACCACUUAAGAAAGAAUACUGUUGUACUGGACGGCCUUUGAGGGUCUCUUCAAGCUCUUCUGUGAUUCCCAGGUACCUGGUGCCCUGCAGCCACGUGAUGCUGAGCCAGAAGCGGGCCGUGAAGGAGGCCGACCUCUACGGAAAGGCGGCCGGCAAGUUCCUCUCUCUGAUCCCGCGCUGCUGCCGCCCUGAGAGCCUUCUGCCGCCCCCAGAACGCGAGGAGGAGCAGCAGCACGCAGCCUGGUCCAAGGGCCACGGCAGCCCCAGCGUGGACUCCUCCUCCUCCUCGGUGGUGACCGUCCCCCGGCCCUCCACGCCGUCCCGCAUCUCCUUCUUCAUGCGUCAGUCCAGCCUCGGCACCGGGGAGUCCUCCAGCCCCACGCACCUGCGCUCCCCGGGGACGCCCUCUGGAAGCCCCACCCACCACCGCCCCCCCGGGGGCCGCUGGGAGGAGGUGGCCGAGCUGGAAGGGAACUACCUGGAGUACCUACGGGACGCCCGGCUGAGCGUGGACCGCUGCGUCUGGGCCUGCCGGGUCUGGUCUGCCCCCUACGACGGGGAGGAGCCCAGCGCCGGGAGCCUGGCCCCGAACCCCCCCAGUGACUCCUUCGGGUACACCUCCUUCCACCCGAGCGGCCACCCAGGCCCCACUGCCGCCCCCUCCUCCUCCUCCUCCCCCCGGACUAAGAAGCGGGGCCUGACCGACGAAGCGUCCGGCCCGGACGGGGCUCCUCCUGCAACGGGCCUCGGCUCCCGCUCCUCCCCGCCCCCCCAGGACUCGGGCGCCGUCCUCAACGGGGCCCAUGCACUCGACACGGGCGUCAAGAAGGUCCGCUGGUGUGCGAAAGGGGUGCUGGCGGAGAACGGGGCUUCCAGCUCCAGUGCUGUGUCCACUGCCACUUCCCACUCGGGGUCAGGGCUCCCGUGGCCUCCGUCCUCCUGUCCGGACUCCCUUCUGGAUGAGCUGCUCUCCCAGGCACCGCCGGUGGAGAACGGGUCGGCCUCGACGGUGGAGAAAUUCGCGGCGGAGCUGAGCCGGAUCCAGGACGAGAUGGAGAACGGGGGCCGGGGGGCCGAGGGGGAGGAAGAGGAGGGAGGGGCCCCCCCGCCGGCCAGCAGGGCCCCCCCUCCGGACCCCGACCCGCUCUCCCGCGAGGAGGAGGACGCCUUCCGCAGCUUCGCCUCCCCCUCGGACGGAGCGGGGCCUCCCCGGCCGCCUGACCCCUUGGCCCAGCUCCUCCUCAGCAGCCCCCCACGGACCCCCGGGCAGCCCCCCAGCCAGCCCUUCACAGGGCCCUUUGUGGCGGUGCUCCUGGCCAAGCUGGAGAACAUGCUGCAGAACUCGCUGUACGUGAACUUCCUUCUGACGGGGCUCCUCUCCCAGAUGGCCUCCUACCCGCAGCCCCUCCUGCGCUCCUUCCUGCUCAACACCAACAUGGUCUUCCAGCCCAGUGUCAAGUCCCUCAUCCAGGUCCUGGGCUCCGUGAAGAACAAGAUCGAGAGCUUUGCUGCCAGCCAGGAGGACUUCCCCGGCCUCCUCUUCAAAGCCAAGAAGUACCUGAUUGCCCGGGGCAAGCUGGACUGGUCCGACGCCCAAAAUGCUGCCCCCUCCUUGCGUCGGUCAGAGACCCUCGUGAAGAGCCGGAAGCCCUCCCUGGGGGAGCUGAUCCUGCGCCACACCAACAGCCCCACGCGCGCCCGCCAGGCGGCCCAGCUGGCCCUGCAGCACAUGCGCGAGGGGGGCCCGGUCCUGCAGGCCUUCUCCUCGGGGGCCGCCCUCUUCCGCAGCUCCGCCGAGAAGCAGAGCGAGGCCCUGCGCGUCAAGAACGCCGUCUACUGCGCCGUCAUCUUCUGCGAGUUCCUCAAGGAGCUGGCGGCCAUCGCCCAGGCCCACGCCGUCACCUCCCCCUUCCUCCUGGAGCCCCCCGAGGAGUGACCGCCUGACCCACCGACCGACCGACCGACUCUCCAUCCAUCUGGGGCUGACCCCCAGUCUCUCCCACACACACACCAAACACUCCCCCCGGUCCACACUCCCCCCUCGGGGCAGGCCGGGAUGGGGGCCGUGACUGGAACCCCCUCUCCCCAUACUCCGUCCCCCCCUCCCUCCCUCCCUCCUCUCCCUUGGCCUGGUGCCGCCAGGCCUGCACUAAUGAGGGAGGAUGGGAGCGCCCUGCUGCCCGCGGGCGACUUUUUAAAACUCCACACCAGGACAUGGACCUUUUUAAUUUAUUUGGAAUGAAUGUUUUUCUGGAGAAUUCGUUGCAAUAUGUAUAAAAGAAGCUGUCUCUCU